UCUUCAACUAUUGCCUUUUUCUUUAUAAUCACGGCAGAUGGGCCAAAACCUUCUCUUAUCUUUAGAGCAGAGAUGGCUGACGUCAAACGCGUAGUCAUCCUAUCAAUCAUCUUGGUCCUCUUCUUGUCUCAGUCCCUUCUUUUGUGUUCAGGUCAUGAAGCUGGUCAAACAAGGAAGCUUGGAGUUUUCAUAAGGAAAAGGGGAGGAGGAGGGUACAGAAGGUCCCGCACCACCACAUCAGCUUCUGUAACACUUUUGUCAGGCUCCUUCCAUAUGACUGCUUGCUUUGCCUCCUCUUUCCUGCUCUCUCUUCUUUUCUAGGUUUUUUUUUUAUUGUCAAAGGUCAUUUUUCCUUUCACUUUCCCUACAAGAAUUGCUGUAGUCAAUAGUUAUUGUCAACAAGAAACUCUCUGUAUUCUCAUAUAAGUUUGAGUUCUAUAUAAAUGUGUGGAACAUGAA